GAGACAAGGGAAUUGUUUCAUCUGAAUUUCUGUUUUUUACUGACAGUGAUAACGUCUGUAAAUUCCUUUUCUAGGACAUUGGGAAAGAUUCACAGAUGAGAAACGCCUUAAACAUUAACGGAGUCAUUUGAUUCACCCAGACGGGAUACAGUUUGAAAUAAAUCUCAACACUCACAGCGAGGAGAGAAAUUCCAUGAAUUGUGUGCAUGGUUGGGGCUUCAUCUGAUUGUCCAACCAGGAGAGACACCUAAACACUGAAACCAUGGAGAAACCAUGGAAAUGUGAGGAUUGUGGGAAAGGAUUUACUUAUUCCUGCCGGCUGGAAAGCCAUCGACGCAGUCACACUGGGGAGAAGCCAUUUGUUUGUUCUGUAUGUGGGAAGGGAUUUACUCAAACAACCUCUCUGAUGUCACACCAGAGGGUUCACACUGAGGAGAGGCCUUUCAACUGCAUUUACUGUGGUAAGAAAUUCAACAACUCUUCCACCCUCACUGCACACCAGCGGAUUCACACCGGCGAGAGGCCGUUCACCUGCUCCGUGUGCAGGAAAGGAUUCACUCAGUCCUUUGAUCUGGUCAGGCAUCGGCGGGUUCAUACUGGAGAGAAACCGUUCACCUGCCCCGUCUGUGGGAAGGGGUUUGCUCGCUUAUUUGGCCUCCAGUCACACCACCGAGUGCACACCGAGGAGAAUCCGUUCAGCUGCACUUCCUGCGGGAAAAGCUUCAGGCAUUCCUCCACCCUCGCUGCCCAUCAGCGCACUCACACCGGGGAAAGGCCGUUCACCUGCCCCACGUGCGGGAAGAAGUUUGCUCAGUCCUUUGAUCUGGUGAGGCACCAGCAAAUUCACACGGGGGAGAGACCGUUCACCUGCCCCGUGUGUGGAAGGGGAUUCACUCGGUUAUUCAGCCUCCAGUCGCACCAGCGCAUCCACACCCAGGAGAAUCCAUUCAGCUGCAACUCCUGCGGGAAGAGGUUCAAGCAUUCGUCCAGCCUCACGGCACACCAGAGAAUUCACACCGGCGAGAGGCCAUUCAGCUGCCCCGAGUGUGGGAAAAACUUCAGCAGCUCAUCCAAGCUCACUGUACACCAGCGGAUUCACACCGGGGAGAGACCGUUCACCUGCACUGUGUGCGCUAAGAAAUUUGCUCAGUCCUUCGAUCUGGUCAGGCACCAGCGCGUUCACACUGGAGAGAAACCGUUCACCUGCCCUGUGUGUGGGAGGGGAUUUGCUCGCUUAUUUGGCCUCCAGUCGCACCACCGAGUUCACACGAAGGAGAAACUGUUCAGCUGCACUUCGUCCUGAGCCGAGUUUCAGCAGUAAAUCUGCUGUAGGCUAAUACCAUCAAACCGGAGAGCUGCCAUUUACCUGCUCAGGAAGCGAUUUGCGAUAAGUGAUUGGGUGCUGUUGUUAAUCACACCCGGGAAUAGUGACACAAAAAGAUUUAGUUCAUUUCUGCUGAUAUUAGCAGCUAUACAAUUGGCUGGAAUUUAAUAUUCUGGAUAUGUUGCUGAAGUUUUAGACCUGCAGUAUUCUUUAUUAAUACCUGUAU